AUGAGGCUUCUUCGCCUGCUGGCCCUCCUGGCCAGCUCUGCAUUGCUGUAUGUGCCAGGAAGUGGUCAAACCAAUACUCCAUGUCGUCCUGAAGACCGCACUUACAACCCCGAGAGCAUGCCACCGGCGAGCUUUCAGCCUUAUGACAGACUCAAUCCCGCAGUAGGUGCGACGAGUACCAAGUUCUACGUUACCGUCGUGAACCUCACUCCGCACCGCAUCCGGCUGGAGAACACCCAUUCAUACCAGAUGUCCGUCUUUGACUUCGGCGAUGUCCCACAGGGUCGAGCUCGCCAAAAUACUGUUAAGUACCGUGGCGGGUGGUACACAGGCGAUGACGCCGGGGAGGCCUACUACCGGAUCGAGGGGACCGACAAGCGAUUUGUCCUACGCAUCAAGUCGUACGUGCCUAGUUCGACUCCGAGACGAGUUGUAUUGGAUUUAAGUGGGAUGGGCCUGGGCCAGCGCGAGUAUCCUUUCCCUGGAGGUGACACGGCGGUAACACUGGUGAUUACGGGUAGCAGCAGCUACGGGUUCAUGGCAUCGAUCCGGCAUGGAGCAGGGAAUUGGAUGAAGGGCAUCUAUGAUGUGAUCCGAGACCGUCCCGUGAGGCAUCUCAUCAUGCCGGGCACUCACGACUCGGGCAUGAGCAAGAUCACCAACAAGCUCAGCAGCAUCGGCAACGUGCAGAACACUCAGAACCAAGGCAUCAACAUCUACGACCAGUUGCGGGCCGGAGCGAGAUGGUUUGACCUGCGCAUUGGGACAAUCCAUCCCAAUGACUCCAAAGACCCCAGCAAGCACAACGGUUUCUGGACACUCCACGUCAACGACGAGAUGGCCACAAUAGCCGUCGGCAACUCCGGUGAAUCCCUUGAUGAAAUCAUCUCCGAGAUCAACCGCUUCACAGCCGAAAGCCCAGGCGAACUCAUCUUCCUCAGCAUCCGCUACCUCGUCGGCCGCUACCAACUCCCCGACCGCGGCCCCAUCACCUGGACGCCCGCCAUCAUCUCCGAGUUCUUCGCCAAACUCCGCACCCUCAACAACCGCUGCCCCAACCUCGAUAUGAGCAUCCCCUUCCAGAACCAGCCCUCCUCCUAUUUCCUUGACCGCAACAACGGCCGCGGUUGCGUCAUCCCCUUACUUAAUGGCCAACUUACCCAAGCCCAAUCCGAGUCCCCCGCCGACGGGAUCUACCACCUCACCCGGCUCUCGCCCAACCUGCGCGAUCAGUGGUCCAACAAGAUGCACGCGGUAGACAUGGCGCCAAACCAAAUCGGCGCAUGGCGGUCCGUCGCCCGGGGCACAGGCGCAGGGGCCGACCACAAUGGGUUCCAUAUUGCACAGUGGCUGGUGACGCCGGAUGCGGUGGCCGCGACGGCAUACUCGCUACAAGCGUUUGCGAUUCAGGCGACGAACCCGGCGCUGUACUUUUCUGGGGUCAAUGGGAUAGAUCCGGAGCAUUGGCCGAAUGUGUUGAUGGUGGAUUAUAUAGGGGUGGCGCGGAAGAAUGAGUGGGCGUGGGAUCAGCUAAGCGCGGAGUUGUAUACUCUGGCGGUUGGUUUAAAUCUUUAUAUGGCGAGCGAGAAUUGCGGUGUUGGGAAGAGGAAGUCGCCCCUGUUGACGAGGGGGCUGGAGAAGAAAAGAUGGGCCGAGGAUUGGAAUGGCAUACUCUUUGCCAAUGGAACAGUGAUGGAUCAUCCGCCGCCGGGGCUUCAUCUGGGUCGGGUUGAGAUAUUGAAGACUUUUAUAACCCCCCCCUUUCUCCCGUCUCUCCUUGACCCUCCUUCUUCCCCUCUUCGUAUUCCCCACCGAGCCCUUCCUUCCCCUUUGUCUGCUGCUGCUGCUGUUCCCUGUGCCCAUGCCCCUCCUCCCGUCUCUGGGCAGGAGGAUGAUGUUUCUGUAGCCCAAACCCCCCAAAAGGCCAACGACCCCCAAUCCGAUCGACCUUAUGCCCAUGGACCUGAUACGCAGGCCGAAACUCCCUCGGCCGUCUGUUCGGAUCUAGCACGGGAUCGCCCUGUUCCGGCCGGGGAACCCAACGCGCGGCUGGGGCAAUAG